AUGCGCGCCCCAUCGACCGACCUGCUCAGGGUCCUGCGUCUCGCUACAAUCCCACUCCCACCUUCAUCAGUUCCUCGGCCAGUCUGUCUUUCAGCACGGCGGAUCCCUCAAUCCUCGAGUCUAUCGCCACAUCGCACCCUCCAUGCUUCCUCUCGCGUCCUCGCGGCAUCUGAGGGAAGCCGAACCACAAGCAAGGGUACGACCGCGACCAUCAAUACCACCUCGGGUACCUCCAACAGAGGUGCUGCUCGUCCAUCUUUCCGAGCACACCCUAUCAACCCGCGAGCUCCCAAGACACACGACCGUGGCCCGGUCUCGGAGGAAGACACUCAGACGGAUUUUGCAAAGAUGGAUAUCCUCGCCACCGCUGGUGCCGCGACCCCCGCCACGGCCAUUGAUGCGUGUAUCCAUGACGGGUUCUACUUGAACAACGGCGUUCAGACGAGUGGCGGGUUGGGCGUUUUGCUGCUCGAUGGGGAGGCGUUUGUAUGGGCGCCGUGGAAUGGGAGUAGCAUCACGGGAACAAACGAUACGGACGACAAGACCAACACAAACACAAAUACACGCGGUGGAUCUGAUGGAUCUACGACGGCAGGGUUUGGCAAAUUUCUCGACCGCCGUGGCAUCCUUACGCUCCCGCCAUCGUCACUGGGCAUUUUCGAACUCGUCUACCCGAAACCCGAUCUGUUGAUUAUCGGCACCGGAAGAAAAUUGUGGAUGCUGGGCCGCGAAACGAGGCAGUACCUGUCCGAACAGUUGGGAAUCAAGGUCGAUAUCAUGGAUACCGCCAACGCCGCGGCUGCAUAUAACUUGCUUGCGACGGAGAGGGGUGUCACGGAGGUGGCCGGGUUGAUGAUUCCGGAUGGGUUCAUGGGGUUGUGA